AUGAAGUUAAUUUUGCUUUCGAUAUGUGUUUUAAUAGCUACAGCCAAGUACCAUAAUAUCGCUUUUAAGGUAAGGAAUCUUCUGGUGUAUAAUAUUUGAAUAUUUAGAACGAAGCAAGGAAGAACAUUCUAUUGACCAGUUUCGGCUUCAAUGAGAAUGGAACGUUGUUUAUAACGUUAAACAACUUCACAGUGCCGGACGCUGUAAUAUCUAAUGAUGAAAACACAAAAGCCGACAGAUUUGUAAGUUACUUUAAAGUUUGUAUUAUAAAUGGUGUUUUAGGCUUGUUCUUGGGGUUUAUUCUGCUUCUAUUGGAUUGUAUCGGUUUUUAAUAGUUUUUAUGUUUAGGGUAUUGUUGGAUUUACAUUGAGCAGAGGAGCGAAUGUAGCUGAAAGUACGCGACAGAACCCUCGUCUCUGUCAAUUACAACAAGAAGAUCAGAAGCUGGAUGCAAUAUUUUUGAUAUUCGACUUUGAAACGUCUUCUUUAACAUUGACUAAAUCCGGUAGUCUGAAGGGAUUAGACAUAUGCCCAACAGUACAGGAUUGCUUUUUCGAUCCUACAAAUCGAACAGUAAGUUUUUUAUUAUUUUGUUUUGAUCUUUAGGUAUGAGUUUGACAAAAAUAACUUUUGGUACUAAAUUUACGUACAUGCAUUGUUGUUUUUAUUUUAAUAAGGUACUUCUAGAUACCUGAACCUCAAAAGCUGGGAUUAUUUGACAAAAUCAUAUGGGGAAAGAAGACACCCAAAGGUGAUGUAAUGAAGGAUUUCAUACCUUUAAACAAUGUCAAUGGUCAGUACUCAACACAGUUCGCUAUUAGAUUUGGAAAGAAUUAUGUUGGUUUAUAUCAUUUAAUAUACCACAAUUGUUUUACGUAUCAUCAGCAAGGGUUUAGUGAUAAGGUUGCUGUGGAGUAUUCGGUAAGAUUUUAUUAUUAUUAAAGUUGUGAUACCUCUUCAUUUUGCUGAAUUUUUAAUAGGUUCGGUGUAAACUGAACAAUUUUUGUUGCAGAUUUCCAUAGAAGAAAAGAAUCUUGGAUCUCAUUUGUCAGCUGGAGACAUACCUAAACCUCAGUUUUACCUAAUUAUAUCAUUCAUUUCGGCAUUGGCUGCUAUUCUUUGGUUUAAUGUUCUAUGUAAAGCAGAGUAAGUUAGAUGUAUUUAUGAAUAACUUUACAAACACGGGUUUAUGAGGAUUGCUAUAUAGUUAUUUGUCAUAUUUUAUUAACCAAAAGUUUUAUUUAUAGGUCGAAUUCAGUCUUUCGUAUUCAUCAUCUUAUGACAGCGUUGAUAAUAUUGAAAACAAUGUCAGUGUUUUGUCACGGAAUGAACUUUUAUUUUGUGUCGCUAUACGGACACCAGCGGGAAGCAUGGGCUAUAUUGUUUUACAUUACUCAUUUGUAAGUUACUUUAUAUAUUUAAUAUUUGAUGUUAAUGUUUUAUAAAUUUAUUAUUGACUUAUUGAAGAUAAUAAACAUUUUUAGGCUGAAAGGUGCUCUACUUUUUGGUACUUUAAUUUUAAUUGGCACUGGCUAUACCUUCUUCAAGUCUUUCUUAACGGACAGAGACAGAAGUCUCUUCAUCGUCGUGUUGCCACUACAAGUUAUCGACAACAUCGCUAUGGUUAUCUUGAAUGAAAGUGAAAUUGCAGAGCAACGAUAUAUCUUUUGGUUUGAGUUAUUCACGUUUCUAGACUUUGUAUGUUGUGCUGCUGUUCUGUUUCCAAUCAUUUGGUCGAUCAAUCACUUACAACACGGUGCAAUGACUGAUGGAAAGGCCAUGUUUAAUUUACAACGGCUGAUCAUGUUUAGACGGUUCUACAUCGUUGUCAUCAGCUACAUUUACGCUACAAGGCUGGGGGCUUUCUUUUUGGACGUGAGUUUUUACAUUAUUAUUUUUGAAUUUUUGAUAUUUAUUAACUAAAAAUAACCUUAUUCACUUUUUUUCUGCACUAUUGCUUUCAUAGUCAUUUACAAAUUAUUAUUUUUUUGUUUUAUUUUUUGUAUGUUUCAGCAAGUCUUACCAUUCAAUCAGAAAUCGGUAGCAGAAGCUGUUACAGAGACGGUAACGUUGAUCUUCUUCAUAGUUGUGGGUAACACGUUUAAACCAGUGAAGCGUAAUCCUUAUUUGAAGAUAUCACAACAGGAAGAAGGAGAUGAAGAAGAUGGAAUGGCGUAAGUUUGUUUCUGUGAUAGUGUUAAUCAGUACCUUAUGUACUUCGUUAAUUUUAAAUGUAAAGGCUAAAACAUUUUCGUAAUUUUAGAUUAACACAAAAUGGAUUGUUUGAAAACGUGACCAAAGUAAACCGAGUGACAGUGAAAGAUGAACUGAGUCAUGAUGGAUCUCUAGAAGGCUUUUCUUCAGAAGACGAAGCCGAAACAGACUUCAGACGGGUUGGGUUGGCAUAG